UACGAACUUCUCUUGAUCAUUUAUUUCAGUGUGAAAGCGCGCCGUAUUUAUCGGUAAAAAUGCUGGGCAAAGUUCUCGUGGUGCUCGCUGGGAUAUCUCUGACUGCUUCCAUGAGCGGAGCGGAGGUGGAUCCGCUGUGCGCCAAGUACGGCAGCGAGCACACCACCUGUUUUCCCGCCAAGAACUGCGCUACCGAUGCCAACGGAGGGCCGUGUGGAGUUACCGAGGAUGAGAAGGUUUUCAUCGUCAAAUACCAUAACGAAUACCGACAGAAGGUGGCCAAGGGCCAAGAGACGCGAGGGUCUCCGGGUCCGCAGCCCGCGGGCAAGAAUAUCCGCGAGUUGAGCUGGAACGACGACCUCGCGCGGACAGCGCAGCGCUGGGCAGAGCAGUUUGUCUUAGGGCAUGACUGCAAAAAAUGCAAUAUCGUCCCUGACUACAGCGUCGGUCAAAACCUCUACCUAGAGGCGAAUUCUGCAACUAUUGAGAAAGCGAAUUGGCAGAAAGCCAUUGAUUCCUGGACCAAUGAAGCCGAGAAGAUGGAUGGCUCCAAUUUGAAGGGCAACUGGAAAGUCGUCGGUCACUACACUCAGGUAGUAUGGCACAAUACUCGUCAUGUUGGCUGCGGGGCCUUCGGUAACAAUGAAAAGUGUUCCUGGGUUAACAAAACUAACCCCUCUUGGGGUCUUUUAAACUGCGUUAAGUACAUCUGCAACUACGGUCCGUCCGGCAACAUGUUAGACAAGAACCAUGAGUUGCCGCCGCCCUACAGCACCACCGAGGGAUGCGUUAAGCCCUCAACCAACUACCCUGGCCUCUGCGCCGAGUGAAGCAAAGUCAAAAGUUCUUGUUGCUUUGAAAAAAUUUAUUAUUUAUUUCAAUAUUGAAAUAAUUUAUUAUUAUUUGCCGAGUGAAGCAAAGUCAAAAGUUCUUGUUGGUUUGAAAUAAAUCUUGAUAUCUUCUUAGACUUGCACUAUUCAUGUGUUGUUUACUCACAAUGCUUCUGUUUGCUGUAAUAUUCUGUUUCUUCUGUUUUGCAAGAAACUGUUCUGUUUUUUGUUUGAAACAAAGAGGGGCCAGGGUGGCCCAGUGGUUACAGUUCAAGUAUCAGGAUUGAAGCAGUAAAUGAUUUAUCUAAAUUGAGUGAUUUCUGUUAGAUUACAGCGUUGUUAACAUAACUGUGUGUUGGUUGCAUUAAAUGUUUG